AUGAGUCAAUCCAUGGGAUUUAGCUGGGGUUUCAAACCUGCGAGUGAAAACUGCGGGUCCAACACUACUUCUGCAUGUAAAAUCACGAAACCGCGGGUGAAACGGCGGUUCACAAGCGACGAAACCGUUCAAACUAGCGCAACGACUGUUCCCGUUACUCAUCGUCCAACAAGGACCAUGGCGAAGCGGAAAACAGCUGUUUCUGGAAUCCAAGGCCAACCUUUGCCUCUGGCUAGAGCUGUGGAGCUCAUGGACCGGAGCUUGCUGCAAUCUACGCUUCUGGAACUGGUAAAAUUGCAUCCCGAAAUCCAGAGCACUUUCAUGGCUCUGCAACCACCUUCACGCACGGUAGACCAGUACGAAACGAUCUUGCGAGCCAAGCUCGAACAGGUUUACCGCAAUCUGCCCUAUUCGAGACUGCGAGAUUCAUCAUUAAACGAGGAAAAUGAGGGACUCAGCGAUUACGCUUUUGUGAGGGUCAAGUCUCACGUAUUGGAGUUUCUCAACUGUCUGGUGGACUGUGUGCUGGAAAGCAUACCACCACAAAGCCAAUCUGCAUUGCAUUCUCUCAGAGUUCUAGACGCCGCCACAAAACUGCUUGGCCAGGUACCUCGGUUCGCCACUGCCAGUAACAACUACUACAAAAACAUUUGCUACGAACAAAUGGCCGAAAUUUGGUGCACCGUAAUACGUCAAGUGACUGAGGACCUUUCUUUCAUUGCAUCCGCAUCCGGGGUCGAGGAAUGGCUACAGAUACUGGGGAAUCAUAACGACCAAUCGCAUGGUCGACUUCAUAAACCCCUUCAACUUCUUCAGGCCCUUCAGAACCCAUUAGAUCCUUCUCAAACACAGUCGUCAUCAUCUUUUUCUCAAGACCAGCAACCAUCCAACCUAUGGAAUAAUUUGGUGUGA